UAACAGUGGAAUGCGAUCUGCCAACGCAAAGAAGAAGAAGACUUUCCAAUGUAAACAAACCGUAGGCUAAUUGUGAGCAUGGCGAGAAAUAUGGACAGUCUCGUAAAGGUCCAUGGAGGCGGAGGGUAUGACUCCGACUUCAGUGAUGAUGAGGGCCAGGGGGAGACGUCUCAACGUGGAGUGAAAAGGAAACGUGAAGAGGAUCUACUGCGGAAGCCUUUUCAGAAAGCAAGACACACAAAGGUGGCACAUAGGGAUGUUGCCACUCAUGAAUAUGACAGGGAGGAAGCCAGAAACCGACGUCAUCACCUGAUAUCAAUGAAUGCUUUUGAGAGACAUAAAAAGUUUGUCAGUGACUACAUAUUGUAUUAUGGUGGGAAAGUGGAGGAUCUCAGACGCUCCACGGCCAAUGAUAAAUCGGACCUGGAUGUGGUGCGUGAAAACCAUCGCUUCCUGUGGCGGGAUGAGGAUGAAGAAGAAAUGACAUGGGAGAAAGAACUAGCAAAGAAGUACUAUGACAAGCUCUUCAAAGAGUACUGUAUCGCUGACCUAAGCAGAUAUAAAGAAAACAAGUUUGGGUUCCGAUGGCGCGUAGAAAAGGAAGUCGUCUCUGGCAAAGGCCAGUUUCUGUGUGGGAACAAGCGCUGUGAGAAGGAGGAUGGCCUGAAGAGCUGGGAGGUGAAUUUUGCCUAUGUGGAGCAGGGAGAGAAGAGAAACGCACUGGUCAAACUCCGACUCUGCCCAGAGUGCUCCUUCAAACUCAACUAUCAUCACAAGAGAAAGGAGGUGAUCGCCAAGAGAAAAAGACCAAAGUCGUCUGAGGAAAAUGAAGUUGAGCCACAGUCAAAGAGAUCCAAGAAAGGCUCCAAGAAACACAAAAACAAACAUAAAAAGAGGCAAAAAGACCACUCCUCCCCCAGUAACUCUGAGGACGACUCCCAAGAGUCAGACAAAGCAGAGGGAGAACACAGUGAGGAGCCAGAGAGCCUGUCGGAGGCAGACCACUGGAAAGGCCCAGCCCCCACCAUGGAGGAGAAGUCCAGUGAGGAGAAGUUUGACGAGUAUUUUGAGGACAUGUUUCUUUGACCACGCUGGCCUUGGAUUUCUGCCAGCAAGAGUCUACGUGUCCAGACAUUGAUGUAAUUGAUUUGGUGUUCGAAGUUGUCCUUGUUGAAUAUUUUUGUUUAUCUGAAGCUAAAUAAAAUCGCUUUUUUUUUUGAAUAACUGAAAUAAAGACUACAAUAUGCAUAGAGUGCCAUGUAAAACCACGAAGAACUCCCAAGAAAGAUCAAUAUCCGAAGAGAACUAGAGGAAGCAAAACAUUCAACCAUGGUAGUAGAGAGACCAAAUAAAAGCCAAUGCAUUGGAAAGUACAUGUAUUAACACAUUGUUAAUGUUCUUCCUGUAGGGUUAUAGUUAACCAAUGUUCUGUCUGUAGGGUUAUAGAUGUCCAAACCAUAUGAACCAAUGUUCGAUGGUGUAGCGCUACGAUUAGGAAGCUGUGAAUUAUGCCUGGAGAGGCUCGUGUGCUCAUUUCGUCAGGAAGUUCAGUUGCGUGCCCCUUGCCCGGGGAUUAGACACAACGGCUUUAAUCUUCAGUAAUUACUCUUCUUUCUAAAGGAGUCCACAGAUACACUGAGUCAACGCAUGAUAACCACUCAUGCAGGUUAAAGAGGAAGUCAACCAUAGUACCUAUUCUACUUUGAUCGGUGUUUCUCUGUGCUAAUAAAUAUGCCCUACUACCCAAUCAAAGCGUUUGGAUCUCAUAUUACAAUACUGCAGGCCUAUGUUGUCACAGAAAUAAGAUUGAAUAACAUUUUGCUCUGAAUUGUCCUUGAUUGAAAAAUGUGUUGUAUAGUAUGUGUUGUAUAGUUAAUGCAGUAUACUGUAAAAAAAAAAAAAAAAAAGCUGUAUAUGAUGACACAGGAUGAUAAGGAUCAUGAAACACCUCAUGCAGACAUCGCUCAAUGUGCUUACUCAAAUUGCGUCAAAGUGCAUUGGUCUUGACAGCAACGCAAUUGGCUGAUCUUUUCCCAGGGCUAAUCCAGCUUUAUAGGGUAAUCUCCAUGCACGAUACAGGAGUCAUGAGGACUGUCUACCCCAAAGUGUUUCAAUUUAGUCCUGUGUCUACUGUAUAUCAAUGCGCUAUUCCAUUUCAAGGGUCGUGGGUAAAACUGUUCAAUUCAGUGGGCAAGUUUAAAGAAUGUGACAAGAAUCCCACAGACUUUGAUGAAUGCCUUUAUUUUGUUAACAUGUUACAUCUUAUGACACGUACAUACAGUAGAAUUCAUUUCAUCAGACAUCAAAUGUCAAAUUCUAAUCUCUCUCAAUGAUAACGCAAUAGAAUUAGUAGAUAUACAUUUUGUGUCCUUUAAAUGUACGAGCAGAAUAGAUUGUCACUUUCCCACACUGCUUCUCAUACUGUUCGCCUUAUCCCAUUGUGGAGCCCAAAUCCAAGCAGCCUGCCCUGCCUAUCACCUCUAGGAACAGAAAUUCAGAGAAUCCAUUUAAGAUGUAGAGUGGCUGUCAAAGCCACCCUCAUUGGAUUACUGCUCUUGAUUGAUUUUCCAUUGAUUUAGUGAGGGCACGUUGCAUAAACAAGGAAGUCAAACUUUGCCUGCCCUGUGUUUCCUGCUUAAGGCUACUCACGGAUGUCUCCACAGAUGUCUUGGCCACCUGUUACAGUAGGUCAAAAGGAGAUUGCUUGGCAGGAUUUCUAAAGGAGUUUUUCUUUAUGUAAAUCCCAUUGCAAUUCAGUUGGCUUCAUCAAUUCACUUUCUCAUUGUUGCUUAAGUUAAUUUUACACCGGUCCUCAAAUAAGCCUCAAAUGGUCAAACAAAGAGAAGAGGAACUUUGGCCUGACUGAGGCCACAUUGCAGGCUUGUCCCCAUCAAACAAACAUGGUGCCUUUCACACAGAGUAGAUCUAAGACUUCGGUAGCCUGCUUUAUCUACAGUAAGUAGGGUAUUUAAAGUUUCAAGCUGUGCAGAUCUCGAAAGCCGACUGACAAGUAAACUCAAUCCCAUCAAAUCAUCUUAUGGUCAGGUACCUGAAGAUAUUUACGACGGUGAUGGAGCCUUUCCAAGGAUUGCCUCCUAAUAGCAAGCAAAACAGUUUGGGGCGAAUUGUAGGUUUCAUUUUCACAUUUAUGUGAUGAACUACAUUUCUUUGGAGCAUAAACAUACAUGAUACAGUAGCAUAAUCUCCAUUUUUUUUUAAAGGUUAUUGAAUUGCAAUUUAUGAUACACAAAUAUAUUAUCAUCAUAUAUAUUACAUUUUCAAGUUAUUGGGGAAAUGUGCAGUUUAAAAUUGAACACAAUGGACACCUGAUGCUCAAAUGUGACUGUGAACCAUAACCAUGGACCAAGUCCAUACAAUCUAAAGACGUAGGCUUUGAACUGACUCCACUCUUAAAAUACAUGAAGUAGAAAAUCUCUGACAAUCAAAAAAAUAUAUACUUUCAAUAUUAACAUAAAUGUAACCUCACAAGGCUCAGGAGUGUGUACACGUUUUGAGCAUUGCUAUUGUAUUAGCCCUCGGUAAAGUCAAUUGUCAUUUGCUAAAACAAGUUAAAAGUUUGAGUUUUGGGAAGAGGCUUGUGCUCUUACAGUAAAUCCUUCCAAAUGAACAGUGACUGACUUUCAACAGAAUUAGUUUGUGUUAUUUCAUACUCAUAUUUGUUCUUAAAAUUCCUGAAAUGAGUUUUCCUGUUCUAAUAAAACAGCUCAGUUAUAAAAGUUUGUCCACUGAACUGUCCCCCUAAUAUCUUUAUGGAUCAUCAGAGUAUGGAUAAACAUGUACAGGUAGAUAUUUCCCAAAGCAGAAUACAUGUCUAAGUAAAUUAAAUAAAGUAUAUGCCAUUUGACAGA